AGCUGUCAAUUACCCAAUUUUCGUGAAGCGUCGCGCGCAAUGUCUGUUGUUAUUUUGUAAUCGCUAUUGUUUUCAAAAUAACUAGAAGUAAGCAAAAAUUAAAUUGCUGACGAUCUCACAAAUAACCUAAACUUGUUUGUGAUUAGUAAAACGCGUUAAUUUAAGGUUAAGUUGUAGUGAAUCUGUGUUCAUUUAUUUCGAAAAUGAAUAACUCAGCUGCAAAGGUCGGUGAAAUAUUCCGCGAGGCGGGAGCGGCGUUUAACAAAUUGUCUGAAAUGACGAUGUUAUUGCAUCCUAUGGGGGACUCGCAGCCUGGCGGGAAAUGGACGGACGACGAAAUCGAAAUGCUACGCUCCUGCGUACACAACUUCGCGACUGACUUGAACAAGAUCAGUCAGCAUAUCAAAAACAGAACUGUAAAUCAGAUCCGAACUACUUUGAAGAAGAAAGCGUUUGAGGAGACGGGUAUUCCUGUUACCAACCAGCGUCAAGUAACCUUAAACAUGUUGAAUGCCUCGGAGAAUGAGGUGGACGUUGAUGGACUGAGCGGUGACGUCAAACUGGAGUUUGAAGGCAGCAACGAAGAAGUCACUACUACAUAAAUAGGUUAGAAUUAUUCUGUGUAAGUGUACGGUUAUGUGGGAACAAUGUUAUUAUAAUGUUACAUAGUUGAAGCGAUGAAAAAUGAGUUUAGUUCAAGUGUUACCUAUUUUUGUGUGUUUUAGUUUCAUAUCUAGUUUAAAGAAAUAACUAUCAUUGUUCAAAUACAUUAAAACUUUCUAAAAUAGUUCAUGUUUUAAUGUACAUUUUAUUUUUUUGUAAUAUAUACUCUAAAUAGGUCUUCUGCACAAAGUCUUGUCUCUAUAUUUUAGUGUGUCAUAUAAUAACAUAGCACUGAAUUUUCUGUUAAAAGAAGAAAAGAAAUAAUUUUAUUUUUGGUAGAAUUUAUAAUAUACUUAUAUCUAUUGAGUCAUGAAAUGUUGUACAUAUAAAAGCUAGAAAAUAGACAUCCAUUAAAGUAAAAAAAAAUCCUUUUGUUUUAAUUAUUUCAUGAGGUUCUAAUUCACAUAGUUGGUGAACUGUGUGUCGCCCUUUGUACCUCCUUACCUUCGUUUUUGUUUAAGACAACUAAAUAUUAGAGGUUGACAUCUUUUGGGAAUUUGACUAAGAAAAGCUGUCUGAUGAAUCCUGUGUAAAAGCCUGUGGUUAGACUAACUGAAUAAAUUUGUUACAGAUUACACUUUAUAAAAUGUGUUGAUUAUAUUGUUUAUAAUUCCAUAUUAUAUAAUACAUGAAAAAAAAAUUCAGUGACUAAAUACAUUGUCUGGAUUUUAUACUCCAAGAGCUAAAAUGUGACACUACUGUUACUAAAGCUCUGGUGUCUGUCCAUUGUACCACCAUGAACCAUGAUAGCCUAUUGAAAUUUUUAUAGCCAGUCAACAUUCCCAUUUUAUAAGUACCAUACAGGGUUAGAAAACUGUUUUCUUAAUAAAACAAAUCUAUUUAUAACAACAUUAUACUGCUCGUCAGGUCUCUUUCUUGACAAUUUUGACACGAUACUGUGUGUCUAGGCCUACAUCACAAGCAGAAUGAGAGGCUCCAUAACGAUAUUGUACCUCUUUAAAAAUGGGUGUUAAAUAUAUAGUUUUAAGUAA